UAGGGCAAGUACGCGGCCCACUUUGCUUUCCCGCUUCCUGAGGAGUGAGGUGAGAGAUCUACAGAUGUGAGCGUUAAUCCCAAUCAGCAAAGCGUGAACCUGCCGCGACCAUCAAAUCGAAUUGAAGAAAUCAGAGGAACCUUUGUAAUUCGGUAAUUCCUAGUCUGAACUCUGAAGCCUCCUUCCAACAUUUUCUCCGUCAAUUUUAGGGUUUAUGUACUCUUUGUAUUGUCUCUCUCGUUCUGGCAUCUAGUCUACCUCUCUCUUUCUUCUCCCGUCUCUCCUUCAUCCAAACGAUCCUCCUUUCACCUCCUCUUCUCCCGUAACAUCAUAAUCGAAGACUGCAAUGCGAUCUGGAGAGCUGAAACCUCCUUCGAACUCUCUCGACGUACUUCAGCGGAACACUGCUGCUACGGCCUCCGAGCAAUGCAAAGUUUCAUGCGCAGGACCGCCGUUUAGAAUUAUCGUCAAAUUUUGCCAUACAGAUGUAUCCAGAACCAGCCGUUUUCACUUUACGGCCGGAGCCUUGCAGAAUGGAGCGACUACAGGGCUCUGCGUCUUUCACCACUUGAAGACUCCCAAAGGCUUUCGACGUUUUUUUCGACGAAGCCUUUGAAAGGUUUGGCAAACUGUUUAAUUACAUAAGUGGAAUGCCUUCAUCUACUGAAAUUAUUCGAGGCAUGGAUGAAAUUUCAGAUACGGUAGCCCCUGCCUUCGAAAUUAUAGUUUGUUAUGUUGUUGAUUCUGUGGAAUUUUGUAGGCAUACGCAUCCAGAGAGGUUAAUAUUCUUUCAGUAACCUUCUAGGCUUUAUCUUUACUACAAAUUUUCAUGAACUUUAAUAUUGCCUACUUAAUUUGGUAAAGUUUUGGUGUAGGUUUCUAGCAAGAACAGUGGGAUGUUUUCCAAUAUAUUUUAUGAAUGUUUCAUUUGUGUAUGCGUGGGGCUUUCUUGACAUUGUUUUGUAUUUUCAUCUAUGUGCAUUCUUGAAGCCAGUGUUAUAUGUUUUCAGGGCAAUUUGGGAUAUUUGUACCUUGACUUGUACUCAAAGGCAGGGAAAAUAUCCUGGUUGUGCCAACUUUGAAAUUAGAGGGGGUUGCCGGAUUUCUGAGGCUCAACUUCCUGUAUGUGAUUGUUUGUUUAUCAGCAUUUACCAGGUUACAGUAAUUGAUGAUCGUUUUCACCAUUUUUGCAUCAAACAUGUCUCUAAUCAGAAAACAUAGCCUGAGCAUACAAGUUCAUUUUGUAUGGUGCCUAAAUACUCUUAGAACUAAAAGACUGUCGAACUCAAGCCUGGGCUCCCUGAGGGCACAUUUUCUUGGAAGGGGAUCUUUAGACCUCGAUCAACCAUUCUAAAUCAUAUGACUAAGCGAGUGCUCAGUUGCUACCUUACUGCAAUGUUGGCAUCUGUUGCAAAAGGUUGUAGAUUAUAUUGUCAGACACUUGCUGAAUCCUGAUCAUUAUGUGGCAUUACUAGUACAAAAACUUUUUUUUUUUGAGCAAUAAAGACAACAUAUUUGAUAGGCACCAAGGGGUGCCACCUGAUUACAGGCUUACAGCUUAUUAGAGAACUAGUUACUAGGGAUAAGGUGAAUAAUCCAAAACUUUUGUAGGAAAAAAUGUUUAAUUCAACUUCAGCUUAUUAAUUUGGCCGGCAAUUUUGUUUUGCCAUAAGAAAAUUGAGUGUGUUAAAGUAGCUGAUGGUUAAAUUUUUGUAAUGACUUGCUCCCAUGCUUUAUUGUUUUUAUGCUAAAGCAAAAAAAAAACAACUGUUUGCAAGAUUGCAACGCUGGUUUCCAUCGAAUAAGUGAGGGAUGGACUUGAUUAUGUUGGUGGGAAUGGCAACAUUGUUUGAUGAUUUAAAUGUGAGGGCCAAUAUUUAACAGUGAGAAUAGAUAACUUGAAUGCGCACCCAGUUGUCCAAAUAGUAACUCACUAACUCUUAUUACUGGGAACAUGGACAAGAUUGGCCUUUUUUUGGUUCAGAUAGGCUAGAUUUACCUUAUGCAUGUUUAUGUUAUAUUCCAAUAUUGCAUGUGAUGCCGUUCAAAUUAUUUGACUUGGCUUUAGUUUGCCAUCUCUGUAGGUUGUAGCCCUUAUCUGCAAUUUUUCAGGGUCACAUGGUACAUCAACAGUAAGACUUAAUCAUUGGGGAUUAGAAAUUCUGUUUCACAAGUUUGGACAUGCUCUUCAUUCUUUACUCAAGAACAGAUUAUCGACAUUUCCCUGGUUGGUGGGUGCUCAAUGGAGUUGGCAUUGAACAUCUUCCCCUAAUUGUUUAUAUUCUGUGUCAUCUUAGGUACUGUGCAUGGGACUACCGUGUUUUGAAGAGAUUUGCAAGGCACUACUCAACUGGUGAAAUAAUCCCUGAGAAAUUAGUGAAGUCGAUGCUAGGUGCUAGGGACAUGUUUGCAGCGACUGAAUUACAACUCCAGAUUUUCUAUGCAUUGGUUGACCAAAUCACCAAACCUUUUUGGGGAACAGCCACCCUCACCCAGAGAUACAAGUUCUAUUGUUGCUGUGUUGAACAGGUAUGCCUGAACUGAUUAUUGUGGUUAUAUUGUCAUGAUAGUAUGUACAUUCUUUGAUGUAAAAACAUGAGUGUUCAUUGUUGUAAUAGUAUGAGUGUCUGAACACUCGUACUAUUAUGUA